AUGAGCAGAUCGGGAGAUUUCCAAAACAAAGUUGAGACCAUUAUUGAAAAUUAUCUUUAGAAACAUAAGAUAAUAAACAUAAAAAAUUCGAAUAAUCAUGCUGAUGUACCAAUUUCUGAAUUUGAUCUGCUUGAGAAAUAAAUGACAAGAAGUAGUAUCAUAGAUGACUUAAUUCAAAAAAUUUAGGUUUUAGUAGAAGCUAGUAAUUAUAAUGCUAAGAUUGAAAUGGACUAAAAGUUUAUUAGAUUUGAAUAAGAAAUUACCAAUUUAAGAUCCAUAAUUAUGAUGCAAUAGGAUUACAAUUCUCCUCCUUAAUUGUUGAUGACUCGCUCUGAAAAUAAUUCGUUUAUUGAAAUGAGUGAUUCGUUUCUGAAUGAUGAAAAUGCUAGUAAUUUUAAGAAAAAAGUCAAAGAAAUUCAGGAAUAAUUCUCAAAGAAAACAUAACAACUCGAUAAUAUGCUUGCUUUAGUUAUUGAUUAAUAAUUGCAAUUAAAACAACAAAUUACUCAAAAUCCUUCCACAAAUCAAUCAAAUGAUUAGUAGGUAGAUCUCCAUCUUCAAACUGAUAAGAUAUUAGAUUUAAUCCAACCAAAAAUUCAAUUUUUGAAUAAGGAGCAUUUUGAGGAAAAAUAUUAGUAAUUUAAAAAAGCAAUGGAAGAAAUGAAGUAGGGGGCCAAAGAAAAGCAGUCACUAUUAAUGACCAUUGUUGAUGAGUGCAAGAGGGAUUGUGAAAAAAUAGAAAAAAAAUUGAAUGAACACAUUACUUAAGUGAAUGCAGAUAAGAAAAAAUCUUGGAUUCCUUUUAAAUGA